UGAGAUCUACUUUUCAUUUUUUUUUGUCCCAUUUAUAUAAAAAAUCAACUGGUGGGAGCUAACGCUCGCGUCUUCUUCCUCUUGACGUAAUCGGGAAUUGAACUCGUUUCUCUAUUCACUGAGUCGACUCGUAUUUGGCAGUUACGGUGUCUUUCAGUCUUUGUGGUGUGGUGUAAUGAUCAACGCUCUACAUUGGACUGAAGAAGAUGAAGGGAGUAAUGGCUGGUUUUUAGCGACAAUGGCCGGAGCUCCGGUGAUGGUUACUGUUUAAGUAAAGCGGCGAUCGAAUACUUAGACGGUGGAGGAGAGAUGUUUAAGUCAGCGAGAUGGCGGAAUGAGAAGAGCAACAAAAUCAAAAUCGUUUUCAAGUUGCAGUUUCAUGCUACUCAGGUGACACAGUUGAAGGCAGAGGGAUUAACGAUCUCUAUAGUUCCCGGAGAUGUUGGGAAAUCGACUGGGAAGGCAGAGAAGGCUACGGUACUCGACGGACAUUGUCGGUGGGAAUCUCCGGUGUUCGAGGCGGUUAAGUUUCUUCAGGAUGUGAAGACUGGGAAGGUUAAUCAGAGAAUCUAUUACUUUAUUGUAUCUACUACGGGAUCUACAAAAUCUGGUGUUUUGGGAGAGACUUCGAUUGAUUUUGCUGAUUACGUUGAAGCAGUUAAGACUUGCAAUGUUUCUCUUCCUCUCCAGAAUUCAAAUUCGAAAGCAAUGUUGCACGUAUCAAUACAAAGGCAGCAAGAAAAUGCAGAUCCGCAAAGAGUGGUGAAAGAAAUCGAUAGCUUGGUGAAAAGGUCACGGAGUCAAGAUUUGAAAUCUCAUUUAAGUAUUGAUGCAGAUGAAAGCCAUAAAAGUGAUUCACAAGAGGAAGGUUCAUUUGGUAAAGCUUCCCGGAUUGCUGAAUUGAGGCGUCGAGCAUCGAUUGAAUCUGAUACUACGUUGUCAAGCUUUGACAGUGGGUCUGAAUUGGAUACACUGGGAGAGAUUGGAAGCAGAGGUGAUCACAUUCAGAAAAACCAGUCUAAUAUGCAUCACCUUUCGGUUACAAAUAUAUACGAAGAGCCUCAUAUAUCAGAAUCCGAGUGGUCUGGAAGUUCUGAUCAGGGAAUCAGUACUGAUGGCUCCAUGAAUAGUUCAAAUGAUACAAUCCCGAGAGAGAUCACAAGGACUUCCUCAAACGAAGAUGUAGAUAAGCUUAAAACCGAACUUGUUGCUCUGGCAAGGCGAGCAGAUCUUUCGGAACUAGAGCUACAAAGCCUGCGGAAACAGAUUGUUAAAGAGACCAAAAGGAGUCAGGAUCUCCUGAGGGAAGUAACUAGCCUGAAGCAGGAGAGGGAUUUUCUGAAGGCUGAUAAUGAGAGUAUUAAAGCAUCUGAUAAGCGAAAGGAAGAGGCAAAAAUUAGGAACCAGUUGCAGCUUGAAGGAAGGGAUCCACAUGUUCUUUUAGAAGAAACCCGAGAAGAACUGGAUUAUGAGAAGGAUCUGAACUCCAAUCUACAGUUACAGCUUCAGAAGACAAAGGAAUCAAACACCGAGUUGCUGCUUGCUGUGCAAGAUCUAGAAGCAAUGGUGGGGAAAAGAAGUAAGAAAACAGCUGAUCUUCCUAGACCAAGAACCUGCGAGAGGAAUACCGAAGAACCGAGGAGAAGGUCCUGCACAAGUGAGACAGAUGACGACGAGGAUCAGAAGGCACUAGACGAGCUUGUGAAGGGGCACAUGGAUGCAAAAGAAUCACACGUCCUGGAGCGAAGGAUCACUGACCUAUACAAUGAGAUAGAGAUCUAUAAACGAGACAGAGAGGAUCUUGAGAUACAGGUGGAGCAGCUUUCUCUGGAUUAUGAGAUACUUAAGCAGGAAAAUCACGAUAUCUCAUACAAGCUAGAGCAAAGCCAAGUGCAAGAACAGUUGAAGAUGCAAUAUGAAUGUUCAUCUUCUCUUGUAAACGUGAAUGAGCUUGAAAAUCAUGUGGAGAGCCUAGAAGCCAAGCUCAAGAAGCAGUACGAAGAGUUCUCUGAGUCCCUGUGCCGCAUCAAAGAACUUGAAACGCAGAUCGAGGGAAUGGAAGAAGAAUUAGAAAAACAAGCUCAGAUCUUUGAGGGAGAUAUUGAAGCUGUCACACGUGCUAAAGUGGAGCAAGAGCAAAGAGCUAUCGAAGCCGAAGAAGUCCUGAGGAAGACGAGGUGCAAAAAUGCUACUGUAGCCGGCAAAAUACAGGACGAGUUCAAGAGAAUCUCUGAACAGAUGUCUCUUACGUUAGCAGCAAAUGAGAAGGUGACUAUGAAAGCGAUGACCGAAACUCGCGAACUGCGCAUGCAGAAGCGUAAGCUAGAAGAACUUCUCAUGAAUGCUAACGAUGAACUCCAAGCAAAUAACGCUGAGUGUGAAGCAAAGCUCAACGAGCUCUCAGGAAAGACAGAUCUUAAAACGAAGGAGUUGGAGAGAAUGUUAGUGGAUCUAGAGAAUAAAAAGAGGCAAAAAGAAGAUGCUAAUGCAGAUUUGACACAGGAGAUCACAAGGCUAAAGGAUGAGAUUGAGAUCUUGAGACUUGAAGUGGAAGAGACAAGAAAAUCAAGUAUGGUAACCGAGGCAUCUUUGUCAGAGGAGUUGCAGCGAACCAAAGACGAAAAAGAAGCAGUCAUUACCAUUUUAAAAUCACAACUAGAGGCCACAAUAGCGCAAUGUGAUAAUCUAAAGCAUUCUGUAUCCAACAAUGAAUCAGAGAUUGAGAAUCACAGAAGGCAAGUUGUACAAGUGAGAAGCGAGCUGAGGAGUAAAGAAGAAGAAAUGAAAAAUCUAAAGAACAGAGACGCAGCAGCUGACAACAUAACAAAUACAGAACAAAGAAGCAACGAAGAUAGAUUAAAACAGCUUGAGGAACAAAUAAAACUAAAGGAAAACGCUUUGGAAGUCUCUUCAAAGAUGUUCAUCGACAAGGAAAAGGAAUUGAAGAACAAGAUCGAAGAGUUGCAGACUAAACUCAACGAACGAAGUCAAAAUAGCCAAGAGACUGGUGAAACUUUGCAAGGUCCACAAGCGAUUGCUAUGCAAAACAAUGAAGUAUUGCCAUUGCCAUUGAACAAGAGUGACAAUCUUCAAGAUUUGGUAAAUGAAGUAGCGUUGCUAAGAGAACAAAAUGGAUUGAUGGAGAUGGAAUUGAAGGAGAUGCAAGAGAGAUAUUCAGAGAUAAGUCUAAAAUUUGCAGAAGUUGAAGGUGAGAGACAACAACUUGUUAUGACUGUACGUUAUCUCAAAAAUGCCAAGAAGAAGUAAAACCGAAGAACCAAAUGGUGUGCACUGUACAAAUUUCUCUUAUUUUUCAUUAUAAAUAUUUUUUUGUUUUUUUUGUUUUUCACAUAUAUAUAGUUUCUC